AUGCAUCCCCAUCUUAAGAAAGUUGGUGACACUAGUCAAUUGUAUGUUCAGGACAAGCCAUUUCUUGUCCUAGGAGCUGAAUUGCACAACUCGACAGCCUCUAAUGUCAAGUUUCUGCAGUCGGUUUUACCCCGCCUCGUUGAAUAUAGCAUCAACACAAUUUUCUUGCCUGUCUCAUGGGAGCAUAUUGAACCGGAGGAAGGGACUUUUAACUUCAAUCUCUUGGAUGGUGUUAUUGAAAGCGUCAGAAGCCAUGGAUUCCAUAUCGGAUUGCUUUGGUUUGGGUCUUUCAAGAACGGUGAAUCAGCCUAUGUACCUACAUGGGUUAAACAAAAUCCCGAAAGAUUUCCUCGGUCCGUUAUUUGGAAAGAUGGUUAUUUGACUACGACCAAGACAUUGUCUGUGUUUCAUGAGAACAAUGUGGAGGCAGAUGCCAAGGCAUUCCAGCGUCUUAUGGGACACCUAGAGGCCACUGACAAGGACAAUACAGUUAUCAUGGUCCAGGUUGAAAAUGAAUCUGGUGUCUUGUGGGAUUCUCGUGACAGAUCUGAUAUCUCCAAUAAGCUCUAUAAGGAGAAUGUCCCUAAGGAACUUCUAUCUCAUUUGGAAACAGCGCAAUUGGCACAACAGUUUAAGACUCGAUUCCCCAAAGUGUCUGAGUCUGGGUCUUGGGAAAGUGUCUUUGGUAGGGGUGAAAACACCGAGGAGCUUUUCAUGUCCUGGUACUAUGCUAAAUAUAUCGACCGUGUAGCAGCUGCUGGCAAGAAGGUCUAUCCAAUUCCUCUCUUUAUCAAUGUGGCAUUGAAUAUUGCCGACUCGUUGCCAAGUAAGGUUUGGAAGCGACCUAAUCAAUAUCCUAGUGGUGGGGUUUUGCCACAUACUAUGGAUAUUUAUAAUGCUGCUACAUCCCAUAUCGAUAUGUACAGUCCAGAUAUCUACGCAGACGAAUUUGAAGAGUUUUGCGAUGCUUAUCGUCAUGGAGGAAAUCCGCUCUUGAUUCCUGAAACAAGACGUGAUUAUUAUGCUGCAGAGCGGGUGUUCUACGCCUAUGGCAAAUGCAAAGCAAUUGGCGUGUCUCCCUUCGGCAUUGAUAGUGUAUGGGAGGAGAGCGCUCUCUACAAGACUCACUUUGGUCUUCUGAAACAGGUUUCCUCUCAGAUCCUCGAGGCUCAAGCCAAGAAUAAAAUUUUUGGGUUCCAUUUCGAUGACCGUGCUGUGUCCAGACCCUUAGUACAUUCGUUUGGCAAUAUAACAGCCCAUAUCGACCGUAUACACAGUUAUGGUAAACCUCAAUCUGGCUUUGGACUGAUCAUGCAAACCAGUGAUAACAAGUUCGUAGGUAUUGGAUAUGGUUAUACCGUUCAGUUCUCUUCCAGUACUGACCAUCGUGUUGAGAUCAUGUCUGUUGAGGAAGGACGCUAUGUCGAUGGAGACUGGGAGCAGACUCGGUUGUUGAAUGGAGAUGAAACUGCCUCGAACUCGCGCUGGCAAUUUGCUUCUGUAAAUCCUGACUAUGGCGAUUAUCACGUUCCUCUGUGUUAUCCAGCUACUACCGGUCUUUCUAUUUGUAACAUUUAUGUUCACAAAAAUUUGUAUGGUAUGUUUCCAUGA